AUGAGUGGAAACACCUUCUUUCCACUGCUGCUGUUAGCUCUGACCUGCUCUACCGCAGUCACUGCCCAACGAACAAAAAUAUCUGCAGGGACAACUCCAACGGGCUCCAGUCAACGCAUCCUAAUCUGUGACUUCAUAGACGAACAGGGAGAUGAAUUUGAUGUAAAGAACGCACGGUUCUAUGUGAAUGAAACUAACGUCCUCAAUCGGACUAAUAGACAGUACACGGAGAAUGAAGAGAGGGGAACGCUAACGUUUGAGAUAACCCAGGAACUGGAAGGGUACUAUACCUGCGACAAUGAUAGUGCACAUGUUCCACUAAGUCAGAACCUUUUGCCAGUAGUAGCUAGCCCCAUCGCAGACACGUCAGUCCCUCACUACUACGUCCAGUCAGUCGGGGGAUCAGUAGAAAUGAUGUGUGGAAUAAAGCAGGGAGCAUUGGGGAGACUGUAUGAUGCAGCAUGGCACCAGGGCUUCAACGACGUCGAAGAGAAGCAAACGCGAUCGGGUAGAAGUGACGAGAGAAAAUCUGGCGGCUAUGUAUGCGAUGUCACUAUUACACUGUUUGAAGGGACUGCACCAAUAUCGAGUGAAGAAGUAAUUCUCAUUGUCUACCAGGAUCCAUUAGUCAGUUUUCUCUCCGGUGACCAAAUAUUUAUAAUCCAUCCCAACGAACCAAUUCCAUCAAUCAACUUUUCCUGUAAUGCCACUGGUUUCCCUAACCUACAAAUACAGUGGUUUCACAACGACAACCUUGUACUCCUCGAUAAUGAAUACUUUACAACCGAGAACAUUACAACUCCGGACGAGAAUGGGUUAACUACAGCUGUACAGAGUAAUCUAAGGGCAAAGGCUCCAAGGCUGGCCAAUAGUGGGAAAAUCACGUGCCAGGCAAGCAUUGUGUACAAUCGUGAGGAGAAUGGAGAGAUGGGCGAAGAUGCAGAUACUUCAAACAGUCUUUCUCGCAGCUUGACUGUUCUAGAUUCCAGUCUGGAGCCGAUACCAUAUGCAACACAGGACGGAGACCUGUUGGUGAGAAUGGACUUGGAUUCCUCAGUCAUGAUCCCUGGAGUGACUAAGAUACGACUCAGAACCAUACCUGAGUCCAGUGACAGAGAGCCGCUGGAUUUUCCCGUCGACGAUGUGUUUUUCGAGGGAUCUCGAUUCUACGCCUUUGUGCCAGCCUCGCGACUGAAGUUCCGACAGUUCCAUGUUCAGGUGGCACUAGUGGUUGACGGAGAGAUUGGUCCCUUCAGUCCUGCUGAAGUAACUGAAUCACAGUAUGUUGUUAUUGGAGUCCUAUUAGCAACAACCUAUCUAAUAUAUGAUAGAAGACAUGCCUGCGACAGCAUAUUAAAGUUUAUCAUGAGUGAACUGGAGAAGGAGCGAAAACGAACAGAGAACGGUACUUUCAACAGAAAAGUGUUUGAUGACUUCAAGGGAAUGAUGCAGCAGAUAAUUGACGUAAAGAAAAGUAUAUGUGGCUUCAAAGAGACUAAAAACACAUGGACGUGCUGUUGUUACCAAGCUGUGCCUCAGAUGCAACAACGUAGAGGUGCUGCAAAUGAAGGAGAAGGGGGAGAAGGGGGAGGGGGUAGGGUCAUGGGAGAGGGCAAAGAAGGAGAGGAGGAGGAGCAUGUGGCAAGAGCUCCUUCAGUUCAAGCUCAACUUCGAGAGGACGGACCUGAGAUCACAGCAGAGGAAGGUAGGAAGCUUAUUCUGGAACUCAUUGAUGAUAUUGAACAGGAGCUAAAGCACCCCAGCAAUUCCCAGAAGCACCAGAUCCAGCAGAGAUACCACGUCAAGACCCGAGGAAACCGAUCCGGCUCCGCAUUGUUGUUUACCGGUCAGCAAAAAGAGAGAGAUGAGGACAGAGAAAAGGGGAGAAAGAAAAGUGCUCUUCUACUGCUAGUGUUGGUUCUUACACCCUAUGGUGUGUCCGGCCAGCCGCUCAUAAAGAUUCAUCUUGAAACGAUCAGCAACCCAGCCGAGCGCACACUCAUCUGCAGAGAGACAAACCUUGAAGGGAGAGAGUCAGACAUCGAGAAUCCAGUAUUCUAUCUCAAUGGCUCUGACGUUCGUGGCAACCUAACUGCCGGAGAGUAUACAGAGGCAAGAGGGAGGAUAACAUUUCCGCUAACACAGGCACUGGAAGGACGCUUCACUUGCGGCAAUGGAAAUAAUCGGAGUCUGAAUUCAUUGGAUCUUGCAGCAAGUCUCACAGCAGACGUUGAUAUUCCUCGUUACUACGUCCAGCCGGUAGGAGGAUCAGUGGAAAUGACGUGUGGAAUAUUGCAAGGGGCUCUUUGGAGCCUGUACAACACAGACUGGAUAUUCAUGGGCUUCAAGAAUGUGGAGAGUACUUUUGGGGAGAGGGCUGAAGUGACGAGAGAAAAGUUGAGAGAUUUCUCUCUCAGGAUCUCUCGUCUGGAGCUCACCGACUCUGGGAACUACGUCUGCGAAGUAAACGUCGGACCGAGCAAUAAUCUUGAUCGACGUGAGAGUCCAGUGAUAAUUCUCCAAGUUUACCAGGAACCUGAAAUAAUCUUUCUGUCAAGUGACCAGUUUCACACCAUUCACCCCAACACCACUCGUCCUCCUUCAGUUCAGUUCAACUGCAGUGCCACGGGGAGCCCUGGACUACAAAUACAGUGGUCCCAUAACGGAAAUCCGAUACCUAGUGAUAGCACCGACUUCCAGGUGGCUACUACAACCACAGAAGAGGAAAGUUUAAUCAGCUUGCUGAGAGUUAGCCGCCCAAGGCUGGCCAACAUUGGGAACAUCACAUGCCAGGCCAGUAUCCAAUACAGACUCACGGAGAAUGGUGAAGUGGGUGACCUUGCUACAUUCUCUCACAGCUUCUCUCGCAGCCUCAUUAUCCUGGAUUCCAGUCUGGAACCACAGCCUUACCCAACACAGGAGGAAGACCUGCUAGUGAGGAUGGAUCUACCUAAUGGAGUAGCUAUCCCUGGGGUAACUCAGAUACGACUAAAGACCACUCCCUUUCAACCUGGAGAAGAUCCAAUUGAUUUUCCCGUCGACGACGUGUUUUUCGAGGGAUCUCGAUUCUACUCCUUUGUGCCAGCCUCGCGACUGAAGUUCCGACAGUUCCAUGUCCAGGUGGCACUAGUGGUGAUGGACAGACCGGCCCCUUCAGUCCUGCAAAUGUCUCUCAACUACAGUAUAUUGGACAAGAUUUCGCAGGCAGCAGCCGAGACGUGUCAAGCAGAGGCUGAAGAGCAGCGUCGCCAGGCGGAUGAGCGACAUAGCAACAGUGAGACUGGUGGAGGGUUGAGGUCUGAUGGCACCGAGGGACACCCCGCAGAAGAUGGUCCUCCAGUUGAAGACAGUGAGGGAGAAGAGCAGAGAAAAGCGAGUGAGCAUCUGCAGGCUCUAAUGGAGAGGAUUAAAUCGGAACUGCAGGAAGGAAGAGAGAGUGGUGACGGUCGAGACAGUGGAGGCAGCAAUGACAGUCGGCUCUAGGAAUCUUCACAAUACUGCUCCCAUUCAGUUGUAGCGUGUUUUUAUUUUUACAAGUAACUUUUAGUUGUCAUUAUCCUCCCCUCCCACAAUUUACAGUUUAUAUAGUGUGAAAAAUUAGUUUGGCAUUCAGUU